UCAUUGUCUUCGAAAGAUACGAUACGAGUUCGAUAGUUUCUUUUGUUUUAGAAAAUAGAAUUGAUUUCAUUAACUUGUCGUCGUCGUUGUCGAGCCGGUUGUUGGUCGUUAGUGUUUUUCGAUUACGCAAAAAUUUGUUUAAGAAAAAACUAAUUUUCCUUAAAAAAAAAAAUUAAUUGAAAUUAUGACAAAUCCAACACAUUGUCCAAUUUGUAGGACAGCGGCAACACUUAAAUGUGCUGGUUGUAAAAGUGUAGUUUAUUGUGGGAAAGAACAUCAGAAAAUUCAUUGGAAAAAAGGUCACAAGGCCGAAUGUAAAUGUUACGAGGUUGCAACAAACGAUGUACUUGGUCGACAUUUGAUAGCAACGCGUGACAUCAAACGGGGUGAAAUAAUUCUACGGGAGCAACCUUUCAUCUAUGGCCCCAAAGUUGCUUGCCACCCACUUUGUCUCGGUUGUCAUCGUCAACUUUCUGCCCCUCCACCGGGUGAGAAGAACUUCUAUAAAUGCAGUAAAUGUUCGUGGCCAUUGUGUGGAGCACAAUGUGAGAAAUCACCUCACCACCUUGAAGAAUGUCAAUUGAUGGCUGAAAAGAAGUUUGGUUGCAAAAUUGACUACAGCAAGGAACCGAAGAAGGAGUCGGCUUAUUGUGUAAUUUUGCCCUUAAGGUGUAUUCUGAUGAAAUUGAAGAAACCCGAUGCGUAUAAGAGACUGAUGGAAUUGGAAGAUCAUCUCAAUGAACGUCUCGAAACACCGUACUACAAUGUUCUCAGGGCUAAUCUGGUGACUUUCAUUAAGACUUGUCUCGGUUUUAAGGAACUCGAUGAAAAUGAAAUUCUUCGUAUUGCUGCAACUUUGGAUACGAAUGCCUUUGAAAUUCGACAACCUUCGAGGCAGGUUAAAGUUCGGGGACUUUAUCCAAAAGCUGCAAUGAUUUCGCAUGAUUGCAUCUCGAAUGCUCGUCAUGCUUUCGAUGAUAACAUGCAGAUUGUAUUCUUGGCCAAAACUCAGAUAAAAAAGGGAGACAUCAUAGCCACAUCGUAUACUCAACCCUUGAAGAGUACCAUUUUGAGAAGACUUCAUCUGAAGCAGGCUAAGUGUUUCGAUUGCUCGUGUCAGCGAUGUGUUGAUCCAUGGGAGAUGGACACUUUUGCUGGAGCAAUCUUGUGCUCGAAAUGUAAAGUUGGAAAGAUUGUUUCGACAAACCCAUUGGACAAUGAAGCUGUUUGGAGAUGUCUGCUUUGUCCUCACGAAAUCACAGCCAAACAAAUUAUUUGGGGAAAUAAUGCCAUGAUGAAGGAAAUCGAAUCGUUGGACAAAACUUCACCAAAACAAUUCGAGGAGUUCAUCUAUCGCUAUCGGGAGACGUUGCAUGAAAAAAAUACUCAUGUCUUGCAAGUAAAGUAUGCCCUCACUCAACUUUAUGGAAAUGUGCCUGGAUUUUAUUUACACGAAUUAUGUGAUGCAGCUGUGAAACGAAAAUUGGAACUUUGUCAAGAACUUCUAGAAAUUGCUGAUAUAUUCGAUCCUGGAUGGAGUAUUUUCCGUGGGAAUUUAUUGCUCGAUAUGCAAGAAGUUAUGGUUAUUCAAGCAAAGAGGGACUAUGCCAAUGAUUUGCUAACAAUUUCUGGAACUCAGGAAAAACUUCAAGAAGCAAUGGAAAUGUUAAAAGAAGCUGUUGAAAUAUUGAAAUUUGAGCCUGAGAUGAAAGAACUUCUACAAAAGAAAACAGAAGCUUUGAGUAGAGACCUUGAAAUGGAUUAAGUUAAGAACAAUAACAUGGAUACUGGAAGAACCGAAUCUGUUGUGUUCUUAUGAUUUUUAUACUAAAAGAAUGGUUUUGAAUAAAAUAAGUUUUUGCAUCACAAAUACU